AUGAUCCAAGUGUUGAACAUCCGUCAUCAAAAGAGACGAGAUCAAGCUCAUUCUGUCGUUGGAACCGGUAACUACAUGGCUCCGGAGGUUAUUCUAAAGAUAGGUCACACUCAACUCUGUGAUUGGUGGUCAGUUGGAGUCAUUUUGUAUGAGAUGGUAUUUGGACGUCCUCCCUUUAUGUCUGUUGCUGAUGAUCCGAAGGAGACUCAAUACAAGAUUAUUAAUUGGCCAAGAUAUCUCGAUGUUUCUCCUCGGGCCGGAGGUGCUCAUCUAUCGCGUGACUGCAUCUCGCUCAUACAGCGUCUAUGCUGCGAUAAGAAUAACAGAAUUGGAUCGAUUGGAGCUCGAGAAGUGAUGGAUCAUCCAUGGUUUCGGGGAAUCGAUUUCAAAAAUUUGCGUUCCACCAGGGCUGAAUUUAUCCCAAGAGUCGAACAUGCUGAAGAUACUUCCAACUUUGAGGCUGUUGAGAUAAGCGAAUCACCUUUCGAAACUCUUGGUAAACGUGCCCCGAAUAAUCCUGCCUUCUACGAGUUCACCUUUCGCCACUUCUUCGACACCGACGGCCAAGGAUGUCCUAGUCUCCGACCACCGCAGAAACGCCCGCCACUUGCUCCAUUAUUUGAGAGUAGUGGAACCAGGCAUGAGACUGUUAGCAGCUCGGAGUCGAUCGUAAUUUAGCU